UGAAAUUAGGGGAGGUUACCGUUAUCAUUUUAUUACUACUAGUUACUAGUAAAUAAAAAUGAACAUGAUGAAGAGGAAGAGAGAAGAUAUGGAGAUAGUGUGGCAAACACCCGCCAACCCACCCGAACGCCACGACUACAUCUUCCGUAACGGAAUACGCUAUGUCAAGCCUUACUACUUCGAAUUCAUCUCUCAUGUGAAGAAUAGGUGGGCUGGGAAGACAGUUGUUGAUCUCUUUUCUGAUGAAUUUAAAGGGAGACCUCGUGAUUACUAUGAAUCUGCCAUAAAGUCUGGACGUAUACAAGUUGAUGGACAAAACGUGCCUGUUUCAUAUGUAGUUCAGUCAUCACAAAAGAUUAGUCAUUUCUUGCACAGGCAUGAACCACCAGUGAUGUCGUGGGAUGUUGAAAUACUAUGUGAAGAACCAGAUGUGCUGACAGUUUGCAAGCCUGCUUCUGUUCCUGUGCAUCCAUGUGGACAAUAUCGCAAGAAUACAGUCGUUGGUAUACUACAAGCGGAGUAUGGCCUGGCACCUUUAUUUCCUAUUUGUUCUAGUCUUCUCUUGACUCUUAUGGAAGCGGUUCAUCGCCUAGAUCGCUUGGUCUCAGGACUACUUAUUUUGGCUAGGAGUGCUUCUAGGGCUGACCUCUUCAGGCAACAGAUAGAAUCAGGGGCAGUGCAGAAACGGUAUAUUGCAAGAGUAAUUGGAGUAUUCCCAGAUAAGCAGCAAGUUGUGAAUGCUAAUGUCAAUUACAAUGCUCGAGAAGGGAGGAGCACAGUUGAGGUGGGGGACGACCAGGGAAAUUGUACUGCUUCGCUGAAGGGGAAGACUGCCUGCACCAAAUUUACAAGGAUUAGUACCAAUGGGAAGCACAGCAUUGUUUUGUGUGAACCCGUCACUGGCAGGACACAUCAGAUACGCGUGCAUCUGCAAUAUACAGGUCAUCCCAUAGCCAAUGAUAUGCUCUACUUGUCUGAAUUCGUGUCUAGUCGCUCUGCUGAAGGAUUGAGUGCGGAUAGAGCUGCAGCAAGAUCAUGUUCUCCUCCAGAGCCCAUGUCUCUUGAAAAAGGAAUUAGUGAUGCGGAAAAUGACUCCGUUGAAGAUUUUAGCAUUGAUCCUAUGUGUACAAAUUGUCCAAAUCUUGCUCCGAAAGGGUAUGAGGGAAAUGAAGAGGGUCUAUGGCUGCAUUGUGUAAAAUAUUCAGGACCUGACUGGAUAUAUGAAUGUCCACAUCCAGACUGGGCAUCUCUAUGAUUUUAGAACUUUGCGAUGCUCUUGUUGCUUCACGUCUUGUGCUACGUCCAUUCUUGUGCAGCUGUAUGCGCUGUGUCCUGGUAUAUUCUUGGAGUUCUGCGAAUUUGCUAUUGGGGAGGCACCCAUGCGGUAUUUUGCUCCAUUCUAUGAUGCAUGGUCUACUUUGAAUUUGGAUUUAUGGGAGGGAUUAGCUUUGGAUGGCUUUCGAGCUCUACUGGUUUAUGAACAAGUGUUUGCAGCAAUUUUGGAACAGUUUAUGGACAGUCUCUGUUUGGCAGAGGUGGUUUUGUUUCACCUUGUUAAUGUAUUUGGCAGAGGUGGUUUUGUUUCACCUUAAUGUAUUGGAUUACGGAGAAUCUACCCUUUUUAUUUGUAAAGCAGCAGUAAGGAACCUUCAGCGGUUAAUUGAUGACUGGUUCUCUGUUGCAAAAUGGCAAUACCUGGACAUAAUCGUUAUUCUUA